CUCGACCCGAAACGUCGCCUACUCCUUUUCUCCAUAGAUGCUGCCUCACCCGCUGAGUUUCUCCAGCAUUUUCUGUCCACCCCAGAGUAAAGAGCAGAUCAUUUUGUUUUCGUGACAACAGCCGAGGAAUACACGUUGACAGGCUUUUAUGUGUCGGCCCUACUUUGAAAUAAUGUCUCUGUAACUUUUAUGCCCACAUGAAAAACCAAAGGACAGAUAGGUAUGGUAACAGCACAGUCUUUUACCCAGAGUAAAUCUAGAAUCAGAGAGCAUAGGUUUAGGUGAGAGGGGAAAGAUUUAAUAGGAACCUGAGGGACAACUUUUUCUAUGCAAAGCAUGGUGGAUACAUGGAAUGAGCUGCCACUCAUAUAUUAACGUUAUUAUCCACAUCUAAAGAUGGCUAAAUUGCUUCUGAAAAUUACUCACUAGAUAACACUUCAACAUAACUAAAUUUGAUAUCGCCUUACCUAAAAUUGAAGAAGGGUCCUAACCCAAAACAUCACCUAUCCAUGUCCUCCAGAAAUGCUGCCUGACCUGCUGAGUUACUUCAGACACUUUUUGUCUGUUUUUCAAACCAGCAUCUCCAGUUCCUUGUUUCUCCAUUAUCUUGAAAAGAGUUGGCGUAAAAAGUGAAGAACGUCACUUUUGAGAGCAUCUUCAUGGGAAACAAGUCAUUGCAACCUUCUCAAGAGCGAUCAGGGAGAGAUACUAAAUUCCAACCUUGCGAAUGACACUCAAAACCCAUUAAUUUAGUGUGGCACAGUGAUGAAGUGGUAGAGUUGCUGCCUCACAGCACCAGGGACCCGGGUUCGAUCCUGACUACGGGUGCUGUCUGUAUGGAGAUUGCAGGUUCUCCCUGUGGCCAUGUGGGCUUUCUCCGGGUGCUCCGGUUUCCUCCCACACUCCAGAGACAUACAGGUUUGUAGGUCAAUUGGCUUUGUUAAAACAAUUCUAAAUUGUCCCUAGUGUGUAGGAUAGUGCUAGUGUACGGGGGAAUCACCGGUUAGCCUGAGCUCAGUGGGCAAAAAGGCCUGUUUCUGCCCACAAGUCAAAACUAAAGUCUAAAGACAAAUUAAAAUUAAAAAUCAUAUCAGGUAUUAUCACCAUUGCCGUUAUUACAAUUUUUUUUUACAACAUUCACUUUGGUGACAACUGGAGAGAAAACUGAAAGGUUGCAAAAUUAUUAUGUGCAUGCCAGCCACUGGUCUUAUCGUUUUAAUAAACUGAAUGUACCCGACUUAAUGAAGAAUAUUGCUGUGGCAGCAGGCUCCAAUGUGGCUGCAAAGUAGCUAAAUAUUGCCUCAUGUGGAUGCUCUAAGUCAACACUAUUGAUUCUGUCCUUACUGUGUGUGUCAGGUAUUUACUUUACUGCUGACCUUAUUUUGGCUCAUUGCCAUCUGGCCAUCAACACAGUCCACUGAUCUGUGGGGGAGGUAAAAAAAUUAUGUAUUAAGGAAAGAAUGGGACAUUUGGAAUGCCAUGUUGAUCAACCAGUGGUCAGAAGAUAUCCCAUGAAACCGAAGUUGUGUAGAAUAAUUUCUAUUUGCCACUUCCACUAUCCCAUCUGGACACGAGACGAUUCAGAAAAUAUUCGGUAGAAAAGGCUUCGUAACAAAAUGUGCAGACCAGUGGAAACUUGCUUUGUCUUGGUUAUUGCUUGUCUGAGAUUCAUUUCACCGCUGGGAACAAAAUCAGAGUUACUACCAGAGGGGCAAACAUAUAACGAAAAUGUCUCAUGUCCUCGAAUGUGCACCUGCAUUUUUGAUGACUACAGUGAAGAAUUGAAUGUCUAUUGCAGUUCUCAUAAUCUUACCAGCAUUCCCAAAGAUGUACCGAUUAACACCAAAACCAUUUGGUUUGAUUGCAACAACUUCACAGUUCUUCCAUCCCAUAUGUUCAGAAACAUGUCAAAUCUGGACUUCCUGAACCUGGAGAAAGGCCAUAUCGUUACCAUCGAGCCACACGCCUUCUACGGCCUGAACCAUCUAGUUCACCUCCAUUUAGAAAGGAACAAACUGAAAAGUCUGGCACCAAAUGUGUUUCUUCACACUCCGUUUCUUGGCUCGCUUAGUCUGAACAACAACAAUUUUGGCAAAAUCGAGGAAGCAUUAUUUUCUGUCCUCGCCCAUCUCUGGUACCUGAACCUGGGUUGGAAUAACCUUGCUGUGCUGCCCACGGCAAGCUUUCAUAACUUGUCCCAGUUAAAGGAGCUUAUUUUGGCCGGAAAUAGGUUGAUUUACCUGCAGCCACAACUUUUUAGCAGCUUGACAGAACUGAAGGAACUUGACCUGUCUGGAAACUUGCUGAGGAUCAUAAAGAGGAACAUCUUUGUGAAACUGCAAAAGCUUCAGAAACUUUAUUUGAGCUACAAUCAAAUCAGCACCAUCGUGCCCAGAGCUUUCAUGGGGAUGAAAUCUCUCAGGUGGUUGGACUUGUCCCACAAUCGCAUUGCCAUAUUACACGAAGAAACAUUCUCUGGGCUCCUAAACCUCCAUGUGCUUCGAAUGCUCAACAAUUCCAUCACAGGCUUAAAGCACAGGACAUUCAAAGAACUCCAGUUUCUGCAGGAACUCCAAUUUGGCUCCAACAAGAUCAAAAGCCUUCCUGAAAAUAUAUUUGAUGGCCUGGUCCAUUUGGAGAUCCUCACACUGAAUAACAAUCAGAUACAGGAGAUUAAACCAGGGGCAUUUGUUGGUCUUUGCGAUGUAGCUGUACUUAAUCUAUCGAGCAACUCUCUAAGGAACUUACCAGAAUAUACCUUUAAAGGUCUGCCUCAUCUUCAUAGCUUGCAUUUAGAAAAUAAUGCAAUCACUAGAAUUUUACCAAACACAUUUUCUGGAUUGAUCAGCCUUCGAAGACUCUUCUUGCAAAAGAAUCAUAUUUCAGUUAUUGAUAACCGGAGCCUCAGUGAUCUACGAGAGCUUUUGGAACUGGAUUUCAGGUACAAUAAACUGAUACAGCUCUCCCCCCAUGCAUUUACAGGAAUAUCAAAGCUGGAAUAUCUUCUGUUAAAGAGCAAUAAACUUGCACACAUUCCCGACGUCACCUUUCAGCCCCUCCAGCAACUCUCCUGGCUUGAUUUAUCGGAAAACUUUAUUGAGUUUUUCUACAAUCAUACUUUUAAGCCUCUGACCAGGUUAAAAUACCUGAACCUCGAGAGCAAUUCUCUAAGGAACUUCUCCGUCCAAUUUUUGAAACAGUCAUCAGAACUCGAACAGUUGCUACUGGAUGGAAACAAGUGGCAUUGCGACUGCUUGCUGAAGUUUCUCAGGGAUUACUGUUUGGAGAACCCCCAAGUGGUACCCCGCUACUUUCAAUCAACCAUAGAAAAAGAUGAAAGUCAUACAACGGUGUAUACAUACAAUAACAUCUCAUGUGCAAGCCCGCAAGCUAUUGCUAGUACAGACCUGAGAGACAUCAGUGAGGACUAUUUUGUUAACUGCUAACGUCAAGUGCACUAUGUGAGCCUGCCUACAAUUAUUACACAUAUUAUUCAAAUAGCUAUAUCAUGAUUGCUGUAUCUCUCACAAGCACAUACUAUAUACUACUACAACAACAA